CGCACCUGCGGCCGAGGAGCCUGGCAGCCCCGGCGGCCCCCCGCGCAGGAAGAAGUCCCGCUCCGGCCUCCGCCGCGCCUUCAGCUGGCUGCGGGGCAAACGGCGCAAGAAGAAGGCGGCCGGGGCCGAGGGCGCCGAGUCGGCCGCCCCCCGGGCCAAGAAGGCGGACGACAAGGCCAAGCGGGCCAAGGGCAAAGGCAGGGGCUCUGCCAAAGCUGAGAGUGAUAAUCGCCAGAGUGCUGGGCCCAGCCAGGGGCCAGGAUCUGUAGUAGAUGAGCACCAGGACAAUGUCUUCUUCCCCAGCGGGAGACCACCUCACCUGGAGGAGCUGCACACACAGGCCCAGGAGGGGCUCCGCUCCUUACAGCACCAAGAAAGACAGAAACUGAGCAAGGGUGGCUGGGACCAUGGAGACACCCAGAGCAUCCAGUCCUCCCGGACGGGGCCGGAUGAAGACACAAUUUCCUUCUGCAGUCAAAAGUCCUACAUGACCGAGAGCUCCACGGCGGAGGAUGCCCUCUCCGUCCGCUCAGAGAUGAUCCAACGCAGAGGCUCCACCUUCAGACCCCAUGACUCAUUUCCCAAAUCUGGAAAGUCAGGGCGGCGACGGAGGGAGCGGAGGAGCACGGUGCUGGGGCUGCCUCAGCAUGUGCAGAAGGAACUUGGCCUGCGGAACAGUCGCGAGGCCCCAGGAACCCCACAGCCUCCUGGUCCGCGGGAUGCUGUCCGUAUUCCCACAGUGGAUGGUCGCCCCCCGGGCCUGGCCUUAGGGACGGGGGUCCGGGUGUCCCUGCAGGCUCUGGAGGCAGAAGCAGAGGCUGGCACUGAUACAGAGGCCAUGCUCCAGCGCCACAUCGACCGUGUUUACCAUGAUGACACACUUGUCGGUCGCUCCACGGGAGCCCGGCCACCACCAUUGACGCGGCCUGUGUCUCUCGCGGUGCCCGGACUGACAGGAGGGGCAGGGCCUCCGGAGCCCCUGAGUCCAGCCAUGUCUAUCUCGCCGCAAGCCACCUACUUGUCGAAACUGAUCCCACAUGCGGUGCUGCCCCCCACCGUGGAUGUGGUGGCCCUGGGCCGCAGCAGCCUGCGCACUCUGAGCCGCUGCAGCCUGCUGUCCGCUAGUCCGGCUUCUGUGCGCUCACUGGGCCGCUUCUCCUCAGCCUCAAGUCCCCGGCCCCGCAGCCGCCAUGCUUCCUCGUCCAGUGACACCUGGAGCCAUUCUCAAUCCUCCGAGACCAUUGUGUCCGAUGGGUCCACUCUCUCCUCCAAGGGGGGCUCCGAGGGCCGGCCAGAGGGCUCUGUAGCUAGCAGUAACGUGGCAGCCCCUCCUCCAGGGGGCAGCGGGAGGGGGUCCCCUAGUGGGGGUAGCACUGCUGAGGUCUCGGACACGGCCAGCAUCCGCAGCAGUGGGCAGCUGUCUGGCAGGAGUGUGUCCCUGCGGAAGAUGAAACGGCCUCCCCCGCCUCCCCGCCGGACCUACUCCCUCCAUCAGCGGGGCUCAGCAGCACCCGAUGGGCCCUUAGGGCUGCCGCCCAAACCCGAGCGGAAGCAGCAGCCACAGCUGCCCCGGCCACCCCCCACAGGUGGGUCUGCAGGGGUGGGGGCCGUGCCUUGUCCCCCCAGCUCAGCAGGCGGCUGGGGCUCUGGCUCGUCUCCAGGUGGCUCCAGGCGCCCCCCACGUUCCCCAGAACGGACACUUUCACCUUCCAGUGGAUACUCAAGCCAGAGCGGUACCCCAACUCUCCCUCACAAGGGUCUGGCAGGUGCCCCUGCUUCCCCAGGCAGGGCUCAGCCCCCUAAACCAGAUCGAGUGACAUCCCUUCGAUCUCCUGGGGCCUCUGUGUCCUCUUCCCUCACAUCCCUGUGUUCCUCUUCCUCAGACCCUACUCCCUCUGAUCGCUCUGGUCCACAGAUGUCCACCCCCUUGGGUGACAGGUUUGUCAUACCUCCUCAUCCUAAGGUGCCUGCUCCUUUCUCUCCACCACCUUCCAAGACCAAGAGCUCUAGCCAGGCUGCCCCUGCUCUGGCUGCCCCUGCUGUGGCUCCUGCGCCAGUUUCUACGAUAGACACCAGUCCUGCAUCUCCUUCCAUGCCUCAGACAAGCCUGACUCCACCCCAGGAGUCUCCCAUUGCCUCCAAAGACCAGUCACCCCCACCGUCCCCACCCCCAUCUUACCACCCACCCCCGCCGCCUAGUAAGAAGCCCGAAGUGGUUGAGGAGGUCCCACCUGCUCCAGAGACUGCUGAAGAGUCCCCCCCAGAUUCCAGCUGGCCACCACCACCACCACCUACAUCUGAGGAACAGGACCUGUCCAUGGCUGACUUUCCCCCACCUGAGGAGGUCUUCUUCUCUGCAGGCCUGGAGCCUGGCCCUCUGGAUCCCUGCAGCAACCUGGCUGCCACCGCUUCCGCUGCUAGCUCAUCCCAAACCUCACCCCAGCAUAUCCAAACCCCUCCACCAGCUCCACCAGCUCCACCAGCUCCACCUCCAGCUAGUUCUGUUUCAGAGCCUCUGGCCAAGCUCCCUCAGAAAGACUCUGUGGGCAAGAACAGUGGGGCUCCCAGGGAGGAUGCUGGCGCACCUCUGGUCACACCCUCACUCCUGCAGAUGGUACGGCUUCGAUCUGUGGGUGCUUCCACAGGGGUUCCAAAUUCAUCUCCAGGGCCAUCGGCCCCCCAGAAACCACUACGAAGAGCCCUGUCAGGGCGGGCCAGCCCAGUGCCUGCCCCCUCCUCUGGGCUCCAUGCUGCCGUCCGACUCAAGGCCUCCAGUUUGGCUGCCACUGAGAACCCUGGAAGUGCUCUGCCCAUUGGACCACCAGAGGCAGAACCACGGUCUCCACAAUCUCCUGCCUCCAAGGCCAGCUUCAUCUUUUCCAAGGGCACCAAAAAACUGCAGCUCGAGCGGACUGUGUCCCCUGAGGCCCAGGCUGACCUCCAGCGGAAUCUGGUGGCUGAACUUCGGAGCAUUUCAGAGCAGCGGCCAUCCCAGGCCCAGAAGAAGCCUUCCAAGGCUCCCCCACCCGUGGCCCGCAAGCCCUCUGUAGGAGUCCCUCCUCCCUCCCCCAGUUUUCCUAGGGCUGAAUCUCUUACUGCUCCAUCCACCAACGGGCUCCCUCACGCUGAGGACAGGACUAACGGGGAGCUGGCAGAGAAUGGAGGUGUGCAACUGGCUGGUACGGAGAAGAUGGGCCCCCCUGGUUCAGAUCCAUAGAGGAGACUGGUCUGACCAUCAUCAACGGGCACUGCUGACCCAUCCCAGGAAUACAAUCUCUCAGGGACCUGAGCAGCUCCAAGGAAGAGAGGACAUGGCACACAGCCUAAGAAAGGAUGCCUGCAGCCUUAAUCUCCACAGCCUUCCAUGUUUAUGCAAGCCUGAUGUUGCCCAUCCUCCAAGUUCCCCUUCCCUCAUGCCUUUUCCUGAAAGGAUUCCCCUCCAUAAGCCCUGCAGCCUUGGCCUUAGCCUCCUCUUGAAGAAGGUAGCUGGUGGGAGUGGGUGGCUGUGCCUCCACCUCCAUCCCAAGGCCACAGAGGUGGGAGCAGAACAUGUGUUUAUUUUGUUUCAUGUUGGGAAUCAUGUGUAUUGUAGUCCAGAAUCAAAGCACUUUGCAAAGUGGCUGCAUGUCCAUCUUCUCGGGCUCAUGAAACCACAUUCGAAGAGCCUGUUUACACGGUGGCAGCAUCAGUCUCUUGGUAGCCAGCCCCCAGCUGGGACCAGUCUGUCCAUUCUGCCAGUCCAGUCCACUCCUUUCCUAAGUUCUUGGAGAUGGGCAAGUCAUCCCCACAGGCUUCCCAGGCUGGCAGCAGGAGUGGGGCUGUGGAAUUCCAAAGCACAAAAGGUACAGAGGGGGCUAGCCUUUCUGUGCCUCAACCUACCACCAACCACUCUCCUGCCUCCCAGUUCUGACAGGUGCUCCUCCUCAUAGGGGACUCAUGGACGAGGGGAGGAAGAACCAGAGGUCUGUGGGCACUGUGCACUAAGAAACCAAAAACCAGACCAGAGUAGGAAGCCAUCUGGGAUCUUGGCAUGCUGGGCACCUGUCCUGUGACACUUGAUUGGGUUUGGGUGGAUGGGCACAGCUUCAGAGCCAGGAGCUCAUGGGAUGUGUCCAUUUCAUCUUGGCAGGAGAGCCUGGCAGGGACUUCCUUGGCCAGUGGCCCAGGCCUGGCCCUCAUUCUUUCUCUGACCUGUCUCUACUCUUUGGUGCAUGUCCUUUCUGCAGCUGCCUUUCAGCCAGGAGGAGGCAGCAGAGGCUGAGUGGCAAGGAUGGGAAGCCAAAGGGGUACCUUGGGCCAGAUUCUUCCCUAGUCCAAGAGGGGACACCCAGUGAUCCCAAGUGGGCAGGCUGGUGGCUGUCCCCAGAUAGCAGCCUCUGCUACUAAUCUCUCUUCCUGGAAUUCAAUGACUUAUUUUCAGCCUGUCCCUAUCAGCUCCAAUGGCUGUGCCUCCUUUCGGGCCACCUCCUGAGUCUUUUUCAGUGGGGGCUUGAGCCUGGCAAGGUCUUGCCUUUAGCAUCUCCACCACCAAGAAGAGAGUGACCCACUGCCCCUUGCUGCUGACUUUCCUGUCGAAAACUGGGGACUGGAGGAGAGUCCAGGCUCCUCAGCCCUGCUGCUAGGAUGCUUGUCACGGUCUUUCCCUUGCCCAGUGUGUGAUGGAGGCUGCUGCUGGGGGGAUGGCACUGUCCCAUGGGGUGUGGGGGGAGGACAAUCAAUCAGUAAGCACUGUUCUGCCCCAGGAUCCAGGCCCUGGGAAUCUGGGAGCUGCUGGGGGUGGGGAAGCAGCGCUUUUCCCCCUCCAGUGUUACUGGAGCUCUUGUCCUGACUUGGGAUCUCUGCUUGUUUCUGCACUGGGUCCGUCAGAGUACAAAGAAGAAAGGAGAAUCUUAAGAGGGGCAACCUUUCUUUGUCCUCUGGGGUAAAUAAGCUUGACCUUGUGCAAACGGAGAGACCAAAAGCCUCUGAUUUUUAAUUUGCAUAAAGAUGUUAGAAGAGAGAAAUAUAUAUAUAUAUAUAUUUCCUUAACUUUUUGAGUCUUUGAUAUAUCUAUAUAAACAGCCCUCCCCAUUCCCCUGAAGCUUGAGUGGGACACAUGACAAAGCUGUGUUUCAUUAAAAGGUAUUAAUUAAAUGAUUGAAACUUG